AGUCUUUGCUCGCGUAUUGCUGAGCGCGUGUAUAAGAUUGUUCAGUGUUAGGUAACGAAUCCUACGUGAUGUGACAUUUCUAUGAUCACAAACAACUCAAAAAUGUAUUCGCAAAGCUUUUUCGCUUCGUGCUUUUGGACUUUGUUAACAAUCACAGUGGUUACAGCUAGAAUUCAUAAACUUGAAAUACGGAAAGACACAAGGAGAUAUAUAUCGCUCAGUACGUUUGGUUUUUACAAAGAUGGUAUUCUUAAUGUCAGUCUUACGAAUUUCAAAGCAGAUCCUUUAGACAAAAAUGCAGUGUUUGGAUUUAGUCUGGACCGGACGCUUAGCGACGCAGUAAAUCCUUAUUUAGAUAGUCAUCAAGAAAGAUGUGUGCUUCAAAAUAUAUCCAAUCCUAAAACAGAGUUAAAGAAGAAGAAUGAUAGUACUGUUAUAUACUUUACAAUGGACUUUACAAAUUUAUCAUUGAAGAUAAAUUGCAGUCACAAUAUACAUACAGUUCAUAUAUAUAAAGACUCUAGUUUGAUACCAGAUUUUAGGAUGAAAAGAAAUUCUAUGCCAACAAAAUUUAGUGAUACAGCGCUUUUUCCAAGACGGAAACGUAACAUAUCUAUUCAUGAAAAUGAAAAACCCAUCAAAAAAGACGAGAUUGAUCUCAAAUUAGACUCGUAUAGUUGUGCUCAUUUAGCACAGGCACCCUUACCGAUGACCAUGGAAAUUAUAAAGGGUAAAAUGUAUUAUAACACGAGCUUUGCCAUGUACAUAGCUAAUAAAGAAGAGGAAGGUCUUUACAAUCUUUAUUUUCAUAAUUGUCCUAAUUAUAAGGACGAUACUCAAGUUGCUGUAGAUUUUACGAUACAAAUAGCUGAAAUCAAUCAUGGAAAUUUUCUUAGUGCUGGAGAAAUGCCUUUACCAGCUUUAUAUUUUAUGAUGGCUUUUUUAUUCCUUUUUUCUGGCUGCUUCUGGGUCUUCAUACUUAAGAAGAGCAAGCACCCUGUCUUUAAAAUUCAUUAUUUAAUGGCAGUACUGGUAUUUCUGAAGUCUUUAUCUUUACUAUUCCACGGCAUCAAUUAUCAUUUUAUUCAAACGAAGGGUGAACACGUAGCAGCGUGGGCGAUAUUGUAUUAUAUUACACAUCUGUUAAAAGGUGCUGUACUGUUCAUUACUAUUGUCCUUGUUGGGACAGGAUGGACAUUCAUUAAACAUAUUUUGGCAGAUAAGGACAAAAAGCUUUUCAUGAUCGUCAUUCCAUUACAGGUAUUAGCAAAUGUUGCGGAAAUAAUAAUAGAGGAAGGCGAAGAAGGCGAUAUAGAGAAUCAAACAUGGCGGGACGUUUUUAUUCUCGUGGAUUUGCUUUGUUGCGGUGCUAUUUCAUUCCCGAUAGUUUGGAGUAUCAGACAUUUACAAGAAGCUGCUCAUACGGAUGGCAAAGCGGCUGUUAAUUUACGAAAACUCAAACUUUUUCGACAUUUUUAUAUCAUGAUACUCGGUUAUAUAUAUUUUACCAGAUUUAUAGCGUACUUACUGAAGAGUACGGUACCGUUCCAAUACGAAUGGUUAGAUGAAAUGUCUCGUGAAAUGGCAACUUACGUUUUCUUCGUUUUAACGGGUUAUAAAUUUCGACCAGCCUCCGCGAAUCCUUAUUUCACAUUAACAACUGAUGAAGUAGAUCAAGCUGACGAUGACGAUGAAAUGGAUAUUGUCCUCUUUUCUAGCGUUAGCGGUGGUAGCGGACUUACCGAGAAUCUCAGUAAAGUUAGCAAAGUCUCCAAAGUGGUAAGGCCAACGACCUCGGAAAUUCCAUCUACUCAAGAGGAAAGGGAUAGUCUUUUUAAUAAAAAAGAUGCCACUCAUGAGUAUGAUUGAACACAUGAACUAUACCUAAUAGAUCGAUUUUGGGUAUGCUCCGUGUGUAUAACGUAUGUGUAUUUUGUAAAAUCUCAAUAUGCUUUUUUGCGAGUAAGAUGAACUUUGCGCACUUUGCGAAAAAGAGAAAGAGAGAGAGAGAGAGAGAGAGAGAGAGAGAGAGAGAGAGAGAGAGAGAGAGAGAGAGAGAGAGAGAGAGAGAGUAUGAGAAAGAAUAAUAUUGAAAGAAAGAGUUUACAAUGUAAAGCACGAGAUAGUUGUAAAAUAGUUAACUCGGAACUUUCUGUAUAUUUCCUAUACUACAAGGUGAUUCACGCAACUGUAACAAGCUAUAUAUUUUUUCUUUUUUGGUUGAAGUUAGAAAAAGAUGUCGGAGGGAAAAGAUGUAUGAUUUAAAAUGGAUUACAUAUUCAUAAUCAUAUUUUUUUGCAAGUGCAUGUGCAUUUUGUAAUUGCAUUAUUAUCUUUUAGAUAGGAAGCUUUUAGAUAUUUUGCUUCUAUUUUAUUGUUACAUACACUAUAUUAUUAUUCGUAAUUAUUCACGUUAUUCACGUAAUCGUUCAUUCUACGUAAGAAAGUAUUAGGGUAAGAUGAUCAAGAAAUGAUUAAUUAAAAUGAUAAAUGAUUAAUUUUGAAAAACAAAGUCUUUAUUAAAGAUGUUUAAAUGCUUUUUCAUUACGUUAUAAAUAUUUCGUAAAACGCUUUUUAAUUUGAUUUCAUAACUGAAUUGAGUUGAUUUUUGGUAAUUAUUAUUACCAAAAUUUAUGUAUUCUGUUAUUUUUUAUUUUUAUUUAUUUUUAAGAAUUUUAUUUUUUAUUCGUUUUAUUACUUGAAAAAUGUGAUAUUUCAUAUAUUAUAAGUUGUACAUCUGUGCUAGGUUUCAUACUCUCUAUUAUAAUAAAUUAUCAUUGAUUGAUAAAACUUUUCCGAAUACAUAUCUGCUUCUUUUAUGAAAACAAAUAAUGAAAAAAAAAUGUAAGAAGCGUUUUCUUUCUUUUUUUCUUCAAUUUAGCUCGUGAAUUAAUAAUUCUUUGAUCAUGUUAUUCUAAUAAUUUUUUAGGUAGAAUGACGAGGAUACAAAAAAAAGGAAAAUUUAGAUUUACAAAAAUGCGUUUGUACGCGCGAAAAAAUGCGAUCGUGAAUAUAGCAAUUUAUCUUGAAUUAAUCAUCGUUUUCCUCUAACAUUUUUUUCUAAUUUCAAGCAAAAAAAAAGAAAGAUAUAGUUUGUUAUAUAGUUGCGUGAAUUAUCCUGUAUAAAUAUACGACCGUUUCAUAUUCCUUAGAGAAUAAAAUAAUAAAAGCGAUAUAUCGCGCGCCGCAGUGGUAGUUAAAAAGCAAUCGUACAACUUUGUAUUAUUAUUAUUAUUAUUAUUAUUAUUAUUAUAUUAUUAAUAUUAUUCUUAUUAUUACUAUUAUUAAUAUUAUCAUUAUCAUCGUCAUCAUCAUCUUGUACUUAAUGACAAAAAAUUCAAUCAUGGCAAAGUACGACUGCGGCAUGCAUUUCGUACAGAGAUCGUAACUUAAUAAGUAUGUAUGACGUACUUUAUAUUUUAUACGUCGAAAUAUUCUCGUUUUGAUCAUGUAGUACAUCCUCCCUUCCCUUUUACUUCCUCGCUUUUUAUGAGAUUCUACAUGUUAUUAUUCGGCAUUUGUUACGUUCCUGCAGUGUUUUAAAAGUGUUUAAGAAUGUUACAAACAAAUCUGUUAAAGGACUUCACACACAGAUAAUUCAUGAUACGACACUACGUUCAUUAAGUGCUGAUGAUAUUAUUUUUUUUCACUUUUUCUUUUUUUUUAAGAAUUCUGUAAAUAAGAAAGGAAAAGGGAAUUAUAGUUCGUCCUAAUCUUCGAGUUCCAUUGAAAAAUCAGCGUUGACAUCGUUCCAUCAACGCGUUUGUCUUUUUGCCAUUUCCGAAGUCUCACAUUUUGAUGGAAUAAUUUUGUGGAAUUUUUCUAAGCAUUUAGACGACUAUCUCUAUUCUUAUCUUUUUACGACACGCUUAAGAAUUUUUUAAAAUAUUGUCGUCCAGAACUCUUAAGUAUGUUGUGAUAGGCGAUCCACGCCCGUAUCUAUAUACAUGAUUUAUCUGUCACAAUCUAAUUUCUUCUCUUUUUUUUUGUUAUUCGCACAUUAUAAUCUUUCUAAUGUGAACAAUAUAAUUGUUAUCUAUAUCAAGAGAUAAUUGGAAAGUCGAAACAUCAAAGAUGUUUUCUGUCGACAAAUUUACUAUAAUACGUUAUUGCGAAUAAUAUUAUUAUUAAACUAUUAUUAUUUAUGCAAUAUGUGUAUCAAUAUUAGUUUUGACAUUUGUUAUAAAUAAUACACUAUGUUAACGUGUAAUAAGCAGAAAACGACGGAAAAAAUAUUGAAAAAAAUAAAGCGGAUAUUUUUAUGAAA